AUGUCUGAGACUCCCAUCGGAGAUGGAAACCAGCAGGGUACCAUGAACGGGACAGAGUCCGUGUCUGAUAUCGAGCCGCCCGGAUCUGGAGCCCUGACUGUUCACCUUGGCUCCUCUUAUUAAUAUGAGGGGUUCCGGGUAUCUUCAGAGGCGACGUAUGUGAAAAUUCCUAGAUCGGUUUCUUGGGCAUUGUUCAAACGGUCACUGAAACGGCCACUGAAGUUUGACGUCUCUGCCUCUCCUUCUUCUGAAAUGACUGUGUCCAUGUUCGCCGGGGACAAGAAGUUUGAUGAAUUGAUGUCAUCGGAAGGAUAUGAAAACCAGGUCAUACCCCUUGGGCUAAUUAACGUGAACCUGUUCCUGAUUCAGAGAAAUGCACCUGGGUCUCACAGUGGUGAGUAUUGCGUAGACGUGCAAGAUGGUACGGAUACCCUGACGAUUUCGACUUCGUACUCAAAGGAAGAAAUGCCGACCUUGGAGACGAAGAAUGUGUGCCUCAGUCUCCGCUCUGGGAUCCAGCACCCUUUCAUUGCACAGCCCAAAUUUGCCUUCAAGUCGGCCGAGGCAACAUUAGCCUGUGCAAGCCUCGAACUUUUGGCUUAUAAUCGCUACAGAUUAUGGAGGACGGUGACACGGAUCGCACUAUACCUGGGACACCACAGUACCCAGCCCCCGAGAUUCUUCUCCACGGCCGCAAGCGCUUCCCCAGCAGUGGAUUGGUGGGAUGUGGGGAUUAUUCUCUAUGAGAUGUUAAUUGGCAUUCCCCCGAUCUACAGCAAGGACGACAACGAGAGGCGACAUAAAAUUAUUGGACAAGGACUACAGCUCCCUGAGAGUUUGCCGUCAACCGUCAAGGACAUUCUAACCAGGCAUCUUGAUAAAGACCCCACAAAACGCUUUUUUCCGUAG